AUGGCACAUCUUCCCCGGUUCCACCGGCGCAAAAAGGAUGUUGCCGCACCAACCUUGAUCACCAACGACCUCCCCGGCAAGACGACGCCACCGCCGGGCGAUCUGCCGCCUGGAUCCCCGAGGCGCUCAUUUCAGAAACUCAGCCCUUUUCGCGUGUUCCAGCGCUCGUCCGGCAAGCGAGCCCGGGAUUCGCCGCCGGCCUCGCUUCCGCACUCCCCGGCCGCCGCGCCAGUACCCGCCGGGGAUUGCGCCGAUGGCCGCCCGGUCUCGCCCAUGUCGCUGAAGACGGACCCCGCCAGCGACGAGGGGCAGAAGCCGGCUAAACCGCCAAAGAUGCCCGCAUUCCUGGACCAGACCCAGGAAGAAAUCGAAAACAAAUUCUCCGAACUCGUUUGGCGCGAGCGCAACCGGCUUAUGCAGUCCAUCACCAACCCGUCGCCCGACUUCCGCUGGGCGCGUGUAUCGGGGCCCCAUCUCAAGAUUCUCGAUCGAUACCUCAACAUCCAGCCGUGGCAGAACAACCGGGUCAAGCUGCAGGUCCCCGAGGGGCACGUGGACUACAUCAAUGCGUCGCCCAUCGUCCUGCCCCCGUCCCCGUAUCCUACAUCCGAUGACCGCGCCGGCGCGGACCGAGAGCCGGACCGAUACAUCGCCAUGCAGGGGCCGAAGCAGACGUCAACAGACCACGUGUGGCGGAUGGUGGUGGAACAGCUCGAGAGCCCCGGCGUGAUCGUCAUGCUGACCGAGACGCACGAGGGCCACUUGGAGAAGUGCUACCCUUACUUCCCGCGCAGCCAAGACGACCCCCCGAUCGAGAUCAACGAGCACGACGAGUUCGGCGACGGGUUCCGGGCGACAGUGCGGUGCGAGGGCAUGGAAGAGACCCCAGCCGGCGACGCGAUCGAGCUACGCAAGCUCGUCAUCCGCGUCCACUCGCAGCCGCAACGCCACACCCGCCCUUCAACAGAAGCGGAGCCCACCAACCCCCCAACCACCGACGACGACGAUCCCGACAUCAAGAUGGAAUCCGCCUCCUCACCACCCACCCCCUCCCCACCUCCCGAGAACGAGAACAACAACGACCCCGAACCCGAAACCCAACCCCCCCAAGAACAAGAACAAGAAGAAGACCAACCAGAACCAACCGCCACCUCAUACUACGAAAAGACCAUCUACCACUUCCUGUACAAGAAGUGGCCCGACUUCGGCGUGCCUUCGCUCGCCGACCUGCACUCCUUCUUCACGCUGAUGCGCCUCUCGCGCGAGCGCAACCGCUCCCCGGCCAGCCCCCGCGUCGUCCACUGCAGCGCCGGCGUCGGCCGCUCCGGCACCUUCGUCGCGCUCGAGCACCUCAUGCGCGAGCUGGACGCGGGCGUGCUCGAGAAUUAUGACGAGCGCGCGGCCGAGGCGGGCGCUGUGGUGUUGGCGCCGUCUUUUGUGGAGGGGUCUGGUGGUGGUGGUGGUGGUGGUGGUGGUGGUGGUGGUGCUGGGGGGGAUGAUGGGGAGGAUGGGAGUGGGGGGAGGAGGAGCCAGAGCCGGAGUGGGAGCCGCGCGGGGAGCGGCUCCAAUAGCCCCGUGCUGAGGCUGCAGGGGCAGGGGGAGGAUCUCAUCUUUGAGACGGUCAACCAGCUACGCGAGCAGCGCAGGACCAUGGUGCAGGCGGAGGCGCAGUAUGUGUUUAUCCACCGGGUCCUGCGGCAGCUGUGGUUGGAGAAGUAUGGGUCGGAGGUCGGGGGUGGUGGUGGUGCUGAGGAGGCAGAGGGGGCCGAGGAGGAGGGUGCUGAGGAGGGACGUCGUGGGGAUGGUGGGGAGCCGGCCGCGAAGAGGUUGGAGUUUGAUCCCUUUGUGGACUGA